ACAAAAUGACUUCGGAACAGUCACCCACCUCCUGCAGCGAACGUGGCGGCGGCUACCACGAUCACACGCAAUGUUCGUCGAAAGGUGUCGGUGCGACCCAGUCGCUCAGUGAGCUGGAUUUUGACCGCGGCAUAUGGAGUGCAGCGAUGAACAAUGAGCUCGAUCGCUUGGAAAUGCUGAUCACCAGAGGGCACCUGCACGACCGGGACAGCUGUGGCUAUACGGCGCUGCAUUACGCUGCCCGCAGCGGUCACCCGGACGCUUGCCGACUGCUGCUGGCACGCGGUCUGGGAGUGGACGAAGUGACGAACGGUGGCGUUACGGCACUACAUCGGGCAGCAAUGAUGGGACACUACAAAAUUGUGCAACUGCUGAUAGAAAGCAAAGCGAACGUACUGCACCGGGACAACGAUGGCCGAACGGCACUGCACCGGGCGGCCGAGGGAGGACACCUGCAGUGCUGCCAGCUGCUCGUACGCUUACACCCCGCCCUAUGCCAUAUGCAGGACGCGCUGCGCAACCAGAAACCGAUCGAUCUCGUGCGUGAUGACGGGCACUGUGAUGCGGAUCGGUUAAGAAGCUUGCUGGCCGGGUAGUAGUAAUAUUAGUAAAAGUAGUGGGCACAGGAACCAUCUUCGGUGCCGUUUGCGCACGCAAAAAGCUUUCCGUUUUCCGAGCUGAGCUUACACCACACAGCACUGCUGCAAUUAAUACACGCGGUUUGUCUUCCCGAAACUACUAAUACUCGCAAAGCAUGGCGCACUAUUUCUCUAUCCAAGGAUACAAUGAUUUUACUUCUCGGUCACAAACGCGUGUACGAAGGAUAGCGCCUUCGUGAAUGUUUUGGCAGUUUAGUGUGUGUUUCGUCAUCGCACAACUAAAGGGUGAUUUAAUUUUACCCAUUAGGUUCGUUUUUUUUGGUUAGUGUGUAAAAUGUGUAAUAGAAAAGUUAAAAUAAAUAAUAAACUAUAUAAUGAAAUGAC